UUGCUUCAACUCGUCUCGGUCAACGCGUCGGCUACGCAAUUUUUGCCGAAGAGCAUUCAGACCCGAAUGGUUACGUUGCCGGCCAUCUUUAUUACCAAUUUUUGGGCGCGCGUCGCGAAACUAAACGGAAUUGUCGCGUGAAUUUAACGAGUGUUGACAUCAAUGGGCUAUAAGUGCUAUAAAGGAUAAAUACCGUGUAAUCUGUAUUAAAUUGGAAAUAAAAUACGGUCAAUGAAAACCAAACAAAGGGAAAUUUUGUGUAAAUAUGUAAACAAGAAGUGAAAAGUGGGAAAGUGAAUUGAAAGGAGCAGAAAAGUGAGAAAGUGAAUUGAAAAGAACAUUUCAUAGAAAUGAAAUUCAAUGAAUAUCAAAAGUCAGUGAAAGAAAUCAUCAAGGGCAACAACAACACGUAAACAAAAUAACAAAUAUUAUUCAGAAUUUAUCUGAAUGAAAGUGUAAGUGGGCAAACGGAAAUUGUAUUUAUUUUCGAGCACCCCGAAUAAGUGCUGAUCGCUGUGGAAACUAUAUCCCAUCGAAGAGCAAUCGUCGAUAUUUGUUUAAAUUAAUAUAACGUGUGAAUGUUUACUGCAGCGUGGAUGGGCAAAACAAAUACCCGAAAGUGUGGAGUGUAAACAAAACUUGAAAAUGAACGCGGCCAGCGCCAUCGGUUGAAAAGUCAACAAUCGGGCAGCUAUCCCAAAGAAAUCCCAGAGGGAGAGCACAAAGAACCGUCCACGAUAACGCAUUCAAAUAUGUGGAGGUACAGCCAUCAGAAUGCAGAACCCGAACAGCAUUGGCAGUAGGAUAGUCGUCCUUGCAGGGCUCAUCCUGCUGGCGGGGGCUUCCGAUUCUUUGGGGCCCCAGAGUUGGGUAAACAGUACAACCAUUAUAAUUCCAACUGUGGUAUCCUUGGGCAACGGAACGGAAUUGGGAGAGCAGAUAAAUACACAUCGGUACGUAACAAGCAUACCAGGAUCAGGCGGCGGGAAUGCAACGAGCAAGAGCCUGGAAUCCGUUACCAGGAUGAGGAAUAAUCCCACACCCAAUGGAGAGAUUACGGAAGUGAGCACCAAUGUAACACUCUACAUGGAAAAGAUUCCACGACUGCAGGUGCGUUGGCAGGACAACCUACCCGAAGGCACUUCCUAUAACGUACUUGUCAGCGCGUUGAACAACACCAGGUGUCCGGAUGCUCCCUGCAGCGAGUACGGCAUCAAGCGCAAGCCCGCGGCACCCAACUUCGUCUACCUGCCCCUGAAUCCCAACCUGAAUGUGGAAUCGGUGGACUGCAACUACAUGUUUGGAUGCCAGUACAAGGUCACUGUGGAGACAUCCAACGCGAUGGUCCGCCGCUCCGCCCGCGUCUUUGUCCCACAGUGCCUGGAGGGAAAGUGUUCCUGCCAGUUUGCGCCCACACCGCCAAGGGUCCUGGCCAUGGGAAAAAUGCUUAGCAACGACACCAUUAGCAUCAGCAUCUCGAUACUUGCCAGUGAGCAAUUGCGAAAGGAGCAGGAGUCCCGCCUACACGACACACUGGGGACCUACAAAAUGCAGUUGAAAAUUAACGAGGAAACCAACCCCUCGCUACCCUGGGGCGGAGUAUUGAAGCACCUUUUGACCCGUGCUUACAAAUUAAGCGAACUGGGCUUUAAGGCCACACCAAAGGGCUUCGAGGGCAGCAUGAAACUUGGUUUGAGCACCCAGCUUAAAGAGAAAGCCUCUCUGAGCCUGCAGGCCGUGAUCAUUGAUCCUGCGGGUUGCGAGGGACCGCGCAGUGUGGCCAAGGUGCCAGUUCCUGCGAAUCCCAUUCUGCUGACCGAGGGAGAUACUGUGAGCAACUCCAUUAUGGUCAUGAGUGGCAUGCUUAUAGCCAUCAUCCUGGCCGGCCUGAUUAUGCUGCUGCUGCGGUGCCGCCGGGUAAGGACGAAUGCCAAGCUGCAAAUGCAGGAGCAGAUAUACAUCCAGACCUUCGCCUCCUCUGCCAUCGAGAUGGAAGAUAAUGUGAACUAUGUGGACAAGUAUGUCGAGAAGUCACAUGUCCUGGGACUGGCAGACAUAUUUGAGGUGCCCCACUCCGCCAUCCAAAUAGGGCGCCUUCUGGGCGAAGGGGCUUUUGGCCGUGUCCACGAGGCCACCGCCAUUAAUUUGCGCCGGAUGAGGGGCACUACCAUUGUGGCCGUGAAGCAGCUGAAGCCCAAUCCUAAGGCUGAUGAGGUGGCUGAAUUCCUGUCCGAGAUCGAGAUGCUCAAGGGUGUGGGCACGCACCACAAUGUGGUGUGCUUCCUGGGUUGCUGCACCAUCAAGCCACCUUACCUGAUGAUCAUGGAAUAUGUGGGUCAGGGAAACUUGCAAACUUAUCUGCGCUCGUUGCGCAAGGAGGCCGGCAAGUUAAAGCUGCGAAAUGCCAACUACACCAGCUGCAGGCCCAUCUCGGCCAAUAGCACGUCCUCUCCCAAAGUGUCCAGCGUGAACUAUAUCGAAUUAAAGGCCUCCAACCAGACCCUUGAUGUGCAAUCCACAGGAGACUCUAAUUCAAUUUCCACAAAUGGCUGUGGUUCGUCGCAGCCAUCGCGUCGAGAGUUUGCCGAAACCACCUACAGCAUUGUUGAGGAGGAGGUGUCAUUUGAGCACGUCCUGGACAACAAAGAGUUGCAUAAUUUCGCUUUGCAAAUAGCCAAUGGAAUGCGAUUCCUGGAAGAGCAGGAAAUAACACAUCGUGACCUCGCUGCUCGAAACGUACUGAUUGACAGCGAUAAGACCUUGAAAAUAUCCGAUUUUGGGUUGUCGAGGCAUGGAAUAUAUACGAAUACGAAGACGCGAAAGCUUCCUCUUCGCUGGCUGUCCAUCGAGGCCAUUCGCGACAAUGUCUACUCGAGCAAAAGCGACGUCUGGGCGUACGGUGUGGUCCUAUGGGAGAUUGGCACCCUGGGCGCCUCGCCGUAUCCCACGAUUAGCAAUGGCGAGCUAAUACCUUUCCUGCUGGCGGGGAACCGGCUGGAGAGGCCAGAGAUCUGUACGCCGCAGGUGUACACCAUCAUGCUGCAGUGCUGGCUAGAGGACCCCGAGGAGCGGCCCACCUUCGAUGCCCUGUACAAGGUGCUUCGUCCAAAGACAGCAUACGUUGAUAUCAAUAGUCUCAGUGAUGACUAUGUCUUUCCCCCGAUCAACGAGAAUAGGGAAUAAUUUCACUAACUCAGACCUCUCUAAGCGAUAAUUCAUAAGAGUUUAGCUAUAUAUUUUGUUCUAAGUGUAGCUUUCAUAUACUAGUUCUUGACGUACAAAUAUCUCCGUCUGUGCAGAAAGUGUUUAAUAAUAAGUGUACAUUUUAGCAUCGAUUUUAGCCUUAGAUUUUUCUCUGAUUAAUGUAUAGAUGGUAGAAUUUAAGGGAAUUAAAAACAAAACCUUGCAGGCCGAACCUUCUUCACCUGUUGUAUACGAACGUAAUUUCAAUGUGCUGUGAGUUUCAAGUUUAAAAUCAAAUUUUAUUGUUAACGUUUUAUGCGUACUUUUUGAAAAGUAUUAAUAAAAUUAGAGGAUAGUUA